GUAAUAAUUUUUCCAUUUUUAGGAAUGGAUGGAAAAUAAAAAUUAUUCAGCAAACCUGAAAGAUGAGCUGCAUAUAAGGGAGAUUGGGAUGAGCUGACACUCCAGGUAGUGAAUGCAACUAGAAGCAAAAAUUUUGAGGAAUUGAGAAAACAUUGGCAAAUCUCACAAUCUCUGAAGCUGAGGUCGUCCAAGCACACACAGACAUGCAUUGGUAACUCCGCAAUGAAGGUCAUCGCUGUUGGUGUGCUCUUAGCAAUGAUGGCGGGAGUUUUGGCUGAAGCGCGGGUUGUCGAUGGAAACAGCACGGAUGUUCAAAUGAGCAAUACAAAAGAGGAUACAGCCGCAACAUUGCGCAACAUCCACAUUAAUCUUCAGCCAGUUGAGCGUUUCUUCAACUGGAUGUUCGAGGAUAAGACUGCUUUGAAUGUUGGAGAAUCGAGAACAUUUGGCCGAAUACGAUGGCUUGGCAAAAUGCUGAAUCUCGUGAUGUUCCUUUUGGGUAUGCUGGUCACAAUGGCAGCUGGUGGCAUAAUGUUGGGAAUGUGGAGCGUUAAGUUGGGCAUUGGAGUCCUAUUCCUCAAUGUGAUUAUACUCCUUAUAAAACUUCUAAUUGCCAAGAAGCACGAAGGACACGAUAGUGGACACUAUUUUAUAGAACCCCAAGGAAGGCUAAAUUUCCAAAUAUUCUCAUCGCAAUCCCCCGUCUAUGCUGCUGUUCCGCACAUGACGUGGGACAGGAAUGGUGCUCCAAAGGUUGCCACCUCCAUGGUGCCCAUUUAUGGGUCCCGAAUGCCCAUUGGCGGCCUACCAACAGGACCAUACUACGGGCAAAAUGAUUAUUUAGGAAAUAUAAUUGGAUUAGCGCCAUACCAGCAAAAUUGGUCCAGCACAGGCAGCCAAAUUGCAAAGAAUAAGUAAAAUUGAAUGCUUGAAACUACAUACAUAAAUAUGCAGCUAAUCAGAUGAUUUAACUAUCGCUACUGCUACCAAAGGUCCUAAA